UGUGUGUGCGCGUGCGCGUGCGCGUGUGUUCGUGUGUGUGUGUGUGUGCGUGUGUGUGGGUGCGUGUGUGCGUGUGUGCAUGUGCGUGUGCGUUUGUAUGUGUGUGUGUGUGUCUGUGUGUGGCUCUGCUCCUCCGCGUCCCCUAUCCACAGCCGCUGGUCCUAGGACCGCACACACGCUCUAUUAUCCCGAUAGGACCUGCACGUAUCAUUCCAGAUAGGAUCUGCACCAACUGCAUCUCGCGACUUCCGCGCACGUCUUCGGCGCGCUCCGCAGCGAUGCCUGGGCACCUGGCCGUGCGCGGCGCGCCAGGAGCGACCGCGGGGGAGGCCGCGGAGGCCGGCGCGGGCCCUCGGCCCCGCGCGGCGGGCCCGGGCGAGGCGCUGCGCUUGGCCUCCACGGAGCCCCUGGUGGAGCACAGGGCCGAGGUCCCCCGGGAGGCACCGGUGAACUUGGCGCUCGCGGCGCCGAGCAGAGCCGUGCGGAUGGGCGGGGCGUUCUCGUUCGUGUGCGCCCUGAGGAUCCGAGGCGGAAGAGGUGCCGAUGUUCAACGCUGCUCGUCCUGGGGAGGCCUCGUCGGCGCGGCUGGGUUCGCUCCGAAGUCGCCUGGGAGUUCUGGGCAGAGCGCACCCCAGGGGAGGUCCGAGGAGAAGCGAUAUCGGUAGCUUCUGGCAUCCCCACAGGAUGGACAGCAUCGGCAGCUGGAGCCGCGUGUUCGACUUCUCCCUGGUCGCCGACGAGGACAGCAUCACGGCCGGGGCCGUCGGGCUGACGCGCGACCUGCAUUUCACAGUCUUCCGGGGGAAGAAGCCGUUCAGCGUGACCGUGAGCAAUUUCUUCGAGCUCGGAGAAGAGGUUACCAUGCUGUGCACGGUCUCGCCCUCGGGGCACAUGCGGGUCUUCAAGGACGGUGCGCUCGUAGGGGAGAACGUAGAGGGCAUGGCCCCUCUGCGACAGGACAGGCCGCGUAUGAUCGUGGGCGGCCACUACCUGUACACCGACCAGGCCUUCCACGGAAGCCUGAGAGACGUGAAGAUGUGGAACCGAGAGUUGGAGUGGCCAAUGCUGGGGAAAGCCGAGUCGUCGCUCGUGCCGAAGGAGGGCGGAUGGUUUCCCGACGACGCCGAUACCGUGCUGCUCUCCGCCCGCAAAGGCAAGGAUGUGUCGAUCGUGGGCCUCGUCGAGUCCUUCGAUGGCGAGUCCACCGAUGCCGACUUCCUCGAUGACGAGUCUCUCGUUUCCGACAGCGGUGGAGCGUGCAGUUGAGCUCGCAUUGCAGGGGCGUGUGCCCCAGCAGGGCAGGAAUUCGUUCGCGUAAGCGCCUUCGCCCUGCUCCAGCGCAUCUGGAGAGAGAGAGAGAGAGAGCGAGCAAUGGGGGCAGUUGCACUGCUCGCGUGCUUGCCGCCUGCGCCAUGUUAUGAGCCGCAUGCUAGCGUUGGGGGUGCCCGGAAGCUUCAUCUCACCUCGGUUCUCUCCGCUGCCCUUUCUCAGGGCAGUGUGAGAAGGUGUUUGUCGCGCCGUCUGCACAGGCGUCCGCCUCCGUGCAUCUUCUGGAUCCGCGGGGUCGCACAGUCCCUAAAUUGUGCGUGCCCGACUGGAUCAAUCGGCUCGUUUUUUCCAUCGACUCGGAUGGGGCAGACAUUUAUUUGAGUGGCCCGUGCACGCGAAGGCACAGCCCGGAUGCCGCUGCACACGUUGGGGCAGGCACGGUCGAGCCUUCUUUUUCCCAGGGGGCAAGGCCUCCACCACUGGGAGCCCACGCUGUCACUCCGCUCUUGUGCCGUCGGAGCCUCAGGUCGAUUCCAUCGACUCGGAGGGAUCCCGACUUGUUCCAGGAGGAACAGGAACACAGACACGAUGAACCGUCGUCUCCCAGGAAAAUAUGGGAAACUAUGG